AUGAGAAAGUGGCUGUCGGUCGAUAAGAGGCGGGAACGGUGGCGGUACGCCAUUGGCGGGGCGCCGCGGACGGCCGCCGCCACCGCGUGCCGCCGCGUGUGCUGCACACGCAUUUCGGACACCGUGACGUGCGGCCCUCUGCAGCUGCUGAUCGGCCGUGCGUGCAUUUACUGUCUUCUUAGCAGCGACCCGUCCGCUCGCUUCGCCGGCACUCUACACGCGUUGCACCGUCACGAGAAAAUUCCGUUACCGCUCGCCGGACGUCGCCACAGCGUUUCUGUACGGCCGGCGCAGGCCAUGAGCAACGGCAAGACCACUACGCCGCCGGCCACCGCGGCCAACGCGGCGGCCGCCGCAGCAGCAGCGGCUGCAGCGGCUGCGGCCGCGAUGCUGUUGCACCAACACCAGUCACCGUCGCUGAACCACCAUCAUGCCGCUGCCGCCGCAGCCGCGGCCGCGGCCUAUCACCAGCACCAGCAGCAGCAACACCAACACUUGCAGCAUCAGUUACAGCACCGUGCUCAACACGAACAACAAAUGCACCAUCAUCACCAGCAACAGCAACAACAGCAGCAGCAACAGCAACAGCAGCAGCAACAGCAACAGCAACAGCAGCAACACGACGGGAGCACGGGAGCUAUCACCGUGGCGGCGGCGGUUCAGGAAGUCGUGGCGGUCGCACAACAGCAGCAACACAUCAAGCGACCCAUGAACGCGUUCAUGGUGUGGUCCAGGGGACAACGGCGUAAGAUGGCCCAGGAAAACCCGAAAAUGCACAACUCCGAGAUCAGCAAGCGGCUGGGCGCCGAGUGGAAGCUGCUGACCGAACCGCAAAAACGGCCGUUCAUCGACGAAGCAAAACGUUUGAGGGCGCUACACAUGAAGGAGCAUCCAGACUACAAGUACCGUCCUCGUCGCAAGCCGAAGACGAUGGUGCAGAAGAAAACCGACACCGGUGCGGUGUCCGGUAAACCGGUGCCGUACUCGGUGCGCGACCUGUUACCGCAACACGAAGCGUCGGCCGCGGGCGUCGGCGGAUCUACCUCCGCCUCGGCCACCGGAUCGAUGGCGCAGAUGUCGACGGCCGGCGACCACCAGUCGUCCGCCUCUGCUGUGGCCAAAUUCCCGCGCGCCUACUUCUCGCCGUACCAACACCACCACUACCCGUCGUCGUUCUAUCAGCAGGUGGCCAAGGACCUGUCGACGGUGGCCGGAGGCGGUGGCGCUGGCACCGAAGCGGCCGCCGCGGGAAAAGCCGUCCACGAUCUAGCGCUGCACGCGCUCUACGGCAGUUCGCUGUACUCUCGCGCCGUCUCAUUGGCCACCGGGUGGCCGAUAAUGGCCGCGGCCAGCGUGACUGCGGCCGGUUCCAACGGCGGGUGUCCGGUCAACUGCGCCGAGUGCGGUCAGCACGCCGAACGUCCGGCACAGUCGUCGCUGCACCCGCCGCAGCCGCCCAGGCCGGCGCACGAGUCAUCCACGUCGUCGUCCACGCCGUCGCCGCCCGCCCAACUGCCGCCGCCGCCGUUACUGUCCACCGCCGCCGCCGCCGCGGCUGUCAUCAAGCGGCCUAUCGCCUUGCUCGUCAAGCCGGACCGCGUCGGGCCGGCCGGAUUACACGCGCAACACGUCAUAUGA